GGUUAGGGGAUGGUGGUGGUGGUGGCAUCUCAUAUUUUGGUUUGGGGGCUCUUCUUCUGCCUUUGUUUUGGGGUCCCUCACGCUCUGCCUCCCCCGCAGUGUGGACGAACGUGGAGCCGCGUUCCGUGGCAGUCUUCCCCUGGCACUCGCUAGUGCCCUUCCUGGCCCCCAGCCAGCCGGACUCCUCCGUCCAGCCCAGCGAAGGCCAGCAACCUGCCAGCCACCCCUCGGCCUGCGGCCAGAGCAAAGAGCCCCCGGAGUCGGCUGCAGUGGCCCACGAGCCCCCCAGUGGUGUGGCCGGCACCUCCUCCUCUUCGGGGCCUGAGUCCGUGGCCAGGCCGAGCGCCCCCCGCCCCGACAGCCCCAUUCCAGCCCCCCGUCCCCCCUCGGCCGCAGCCGCCGGGUCCAUUGGGGGUCCCCCCUCGCAGCAGCAGCAACAGCAGGAAGAGGAUGCCACGGGGCCCCCACGCCUGGACAGCGAGACCGAGAGUGACCACGAUGACGCGUUCCUGUCGAUUGUGUCUCCAGAGAUCCCGCUCUCGCUCCCUCCUGGAAAGCGCCGGACGCAGUCGCUGAGUGCUCUGCCCAAAGACCGGGACUCCUCCUCCGAGAAGGACGGCCGCAGCCCCAACAAGAGGGAGAAAGACCACAUCCGGCGGCCGAUGAACGCCUUCAUGAUCUUCAGCAAGAGGCACCGGGCCCUGGUCCACCAGCGGCACCCCAACCAGGACAACCGCACCGUCAGCAAGAUCCUGGGCGAGUGGUGGUACGCGUUGGGCCCCAAGGAGAAGCAGAAGUACCACGACCUGGCCUUCCAGGUGAAGGAGGCCCACUUCAAAGCGCACCCGGACUGGAAGUGGUGCAACAAGGACCGGAAGAAGUCCACCUCCGACCUGAAGCCCCUGGGGCCUGGGGGAUGCGCCAAGGAGAUGCGGGAGCGCAGCAUGUCCGAGACAGGAGGCGCCGCCCUCCCUGGAGGUCCCUCUGAGAUGCAGGUGCUGCUGGGGCCGGAGGGGAAGGCUGGCCUGGCAGGGGCCGAGGGCCGUGGGGAGCGCAUCCUGCCCACCACGGGGACCGGGAGUCAGCGCCCGCGCGCCUUCUCCCACAGCGGGGUCCACGGCAUGGAGAGCGAAUGGGAGAGCCAGGUGUGUCCGGGCCCCCCGCUCUUCUCCGGUGGGAAGGGCCCGUUUGUGGGGCUGGUGCCUUCGGGGUCGCCCUUUGCGGCGCCAGGGGAGGGGCCCCGGCACCCGCUGCUGCCCCCGCCGCCACACGCCUCGCGCACCUCCCGCUCCCAGCGCACCACCAGCGAGGACAUGACCAGCGACGAGGAGCGGAUGGUCAUCUGCGAGGAGGAGGGCGACGACGACGUCAUCGCAGAAGACGGGUUCAACCCUCCGGACGUGGAUCUGAAGUGCAAGGAGCGGGUGACGGACAGCGAGGACAGCGAGGGCUCCGUGGGGGAGGGGCCCGAGGGGAAGGACUUUGCCCGGAAGCGCUUCUCCCCGGUCAUCCGUUCGGCCGCCCCGUCCCCCGCCUCCGGCCCCCCUCCCCCUCCGGCUCUGGACUUGGACCCCCCUCCCCCGCCCACAUCCGGCCACGACCCGCAGCAACAGCCCCUCCCCCCCAAGCCCUACGGCUCCUUCCAGGCGACGCCCGGCCCCUCCUCCUUCAAAGCCCAGGACUCACGCGGGGCGCCCCGACCAAUCAGCAACGCACCUGCAGCCAAGCGGCCGGAGCCCCGCUUCGACCCUUCUUUGGCCGCGGCUUCAUACCGGCGGAAACGGGCAGACAGUGCCGGGCCGGAGUGUGGGGCGGCGGCCCCCCUGCACUCGGUCAUCUCCUCGCCCGGCGGGGGCCUGGUUCAGGCGGUGGUGCUGCCGGACGCCGCCCGCUUGCCCUCGGGGACGGUGCUGGUGACGGCCCCCUCCACAGGACCCCUGGGCGGGGGUGUCAUUGGCUACAGCGGGACUCCGCACGGCAUGACUCGAGCGGCCUCCACCGUGGUCACCAACGUGGUCCGGCCAGUCAGCAGCACCCCGGUGCCCAUCGCCAGCAAAUCCUUCCUGCGGGGGUCUGGGGAGGGGCCGCCCCUGCUCAGCCCCCACACGGCAAUGGACGGCAGUGCGAAGCAGCCUGAGAGUGGAGGCCUCUCCAUGGGGCGCGUGGGGGUGUUCUAUGCAGAGAAGAAGGGCCCCCCAACACCCAUCUCCAGCGGCAGUGCUCAGCCCCCCUCCUCUUCGUCUUCCCACCUGCUGACCAGUUCGCUCCUGGGGCCGGGCCUGGCCGCUGUGGGGAAGGGCCCUCCUGCUGGGCCGGGGGGGCUGGUGACCAACCUGCUGGUGGGGGCGCAGGGGGGCACCGGCGGGGCGGGGGUCCCGGUGGCAGUGCUCCCCCCGGGGGCUGCCCUGGCCCCACCCACACCUGCCGUGCAGUUCAUCGCCCAGAGCCCCCCUGGCCCCAACGGGCCCCUCCCGCUCGGCCUUCUCCAGCCGCAGGGCCUGCUCUCGGGGACCGGGGCCAAGGCGGGGGGCAUCGCGCAGGUCCAGUACAUCCUGCCCUCGCUGCCACAGCCGCUGCAAGUCUCCUCCUCCGGGGGGAAGGGGCCGGCCUUGGGCGGAGCGGCGGCAGCGCCCCCCAGCAUCCACUUCACCCUCCCGCCGGCCAAUGGGAAGGUGCUGGCUGCCCCCCAGGCCCCCUUCCCCAUCAUCCAGCCGGGGCCCGGGAACAGCGGAGGCGGCGGCGGCGGGAGUGUCACCAUCAUGGCUUCCGCACCCAAAGCGCAAUCCGUGUCUCCGGUCCAGGCCCCUUCGCCGGGCAGCACGGCCCAUCACCCCCCCUUGGCGCCUGGGACGGCCGUGCCCCCCGCGGGGCUGCAGGUGCAGGGCAAGGUCCUGGUGCCCAUGGCCGCCCCACAGGUAGCCGUCCGGACCACCACGGCCACCCAGCUGCCCCUGGUCUCCCCUCCGUUCUCGGUCCCGGUGCAGAACGGGAGCCAGGCCGCCAGCAAGAUCAUCCAGCUCACCCCGGUCCACCCGGUGGUCCACCCGCAGCCCCCUCCGCAGAGCGCGGCCACCCUGGUGCCCCCCUUGAGCCCAGCUGCCUUGCAGGGGGCCACCGUCGCCAUGGGAACCCAGGCCCAGAAGGUGCUGCUGCCCUCCUCCUCUACCAGGAUCACCUACGUCCAGUCGGCCCCCCAGGCGCAGCCCAGCACCCCUCCAGCCGCGGCCACUUACGUCCAGUCCCCCAUUGGCCCUGCGCAGAUGGCCCUGGGCUUCACCACCAUCGGGCCAAACGGGCAGGCCAUCGUCCAACCCUUGCUCCAAGGUAAG